GAACUUGGAUCUUCUGCAAGAGCAGUCACUGCUCCUAACCGUUGAGCCAUGUCUCCAGCCCCACAGUUUUCCGUAGAGAAACAGCGAAGAGCCGACCAGCUCCUGCAGUUCUAACACUAUGGCCCUAGCCCAGGGUUCAGUGACGUUCAGGGAUGUGGCUGUGGAUUUCUCUCGGGAGGAGUGGGAGUUCCUGGACUCUGCUCAGAAGAGCCUGUACAGGGACGUGAUGUGGGAGAACUACAGCAACUUCCUCUCUCUGGCAGGACCUUCCAUUUCUAAGAGAGAUGAAGACGGGAAGGAGCCUGAGGUAGCUGUGAAAGAAAGGAGAAGACAUUGUCCCGAUUUGGUGUCCAGAUUCAAGACCAAGACUUCAUCUUCAGACAAGGAUAUCUAUGGAAUAUAUUCAUUACAGUGGGAGUUGAUGGAGAAAAUUAAAAGCUACAGCCUUCAAAGUUCUGAUUCUAGAGAUGAUUGGGAAUAUGAAAGCAGGGCUGAGCGACAAAAGGAACCACAGGAAGGUUAUCUGGGGCAGGUGAAAAUGACCUCUGAGAAAGGCACGCACAGAAAGCACCAUUUCCUUACCGAGUACCAGCAGGUUCAGAGUGGAGAAAAGUUCUAUGAAUGUAAAGAGUGCAGGAAGACCUUUAUCCGCCGCUCAACGCUUAGUCAGCACUUGAGAAUCCACACUGGUGAGAAACCGUACAAAUGCAAGGAAUGUGGGCAGCCCUUCAGACAGCGUGCACACCUUAUCCGACACCACAAACUGCACACCGGUGAGAAGCCCCAUGAGUGUAAGGAGUGUGGGAAGGCCUUCACAGUGCUCCAAGAACUCACUCAGCAUCAGCGGCUCCAUACCGGGGAGAAACCGUAUGAGUGCAGGGAGUGUGGAAAGGCCUUCCGGGUGCAUCAGCAGCUGGCGCGGCAUCAGAGGAUUCACACUGGGGAGAAGCCCUACGAGUGCAAGGACUGUGGCAAGACCUUCAGACAGUGCACACACCUCACCCGGCACCAGCGACUGCACACUUCCGAGAAGCUGUAUGACUGUAAAGAGUGUGGGAAAGCCUUCGUGUGCGGCCCAGACCUUCGAGUCCAUCAGAAGAUCCACUUUGGCGAGAAGCCCUAUGCCUGUAGGGACUGUGGCAAGUCCUUCAGGAUAUGCCAACAGCUAACUGUCCAUCAGAGCAUCCACACUGGGGAGAAACCCUAUGAAUGUAAGGAAUGCGGGAAGGCCUUCAGGUUGAGGCAACAGCUUGUUCGCCAUCAGAGAAUCCACACCCGUGAGAAGCCCUACGAAUGUCUAGAGUGUUGGAAGACCUUCAGUAGUUAUUCCCAGCUGAUCUCACACCAGAGCAUUCAUGUGGGCGAGAGACCCUACGAGUGCCAAGAGUGUGGGAAGGCCUUCCGACUGUACUCGCAGCUCACUCAGCACCAGAGCAUCCACACGGGCGAGAAGCCCUACGAGUGUAAGGAGUGUCAGAAGCCUUUCCGGCUGCUCUCCCAGCUCACUCAGCACCAGAGCAUCCACACGGGCGAGAAGCCCCACGAGUGCAAGGACUGUGGGAAGGCUUUCCGGCUCUACUCAUUUCUCUCUCAACACCAGCGGAUCCACACCGGAGAGAAGCCCUACAAAUGUAAGGAGUGUAAGAAGGCCUUCAGACAGCACUCGCACCUCACCCAGCAUCAGAAGAUCCACAGUGGAACUUAAAACCUCAGUUCUGUGUUAGGUUGCAAAAUAUCAGGAAACCCAUUUUUGAGAAUAAUUUGUUUCAUGCUUAUAAGUAAGCAUAAGAAAGACGAUGUUGCUUUAAAAACCCUCCAUUCUCACUUACAUGUUACCUAUCUUCAGGAAAUUCCUAUGAAAGAAUAAUUUGAUGAAUGUAGGAAAAUCUUUAGCCUUAUCUGUCACCAUCUCCUUCUAGCUACACUCUUCCCACUGUGAUUCUGGACAGGACACUAAAUAUCAAUGCCUUGUUUCUCACACUGUUGGAAUGGCGAUGAUAGUACCUAUAUGUGUUAUUUAUUGUUAUGUAACAAAUUACUAGAAAACAGUAGUUUAAAUAAUAUACAUUUAGUAUCUAAAGAUUUCUAUAGUUCAAGAGUCCAGGAAAGCCUUAGUUGGGUCCUUGAAGUUGCAACUGAGGCUGGCUUUCAUCUGAAGGCUUAACUAGAGAAGUACCCACAUCGAAGGUAACAGGUUAGACACCUGAGGCACCUGAAUUCUUUGAGAGCGGAUAUAUUGAAAUCCUCAGUUUCUGGAUGGCCAUUGGCUGAGAGAUGAGUGAAAUUCCUGGCCACAUUGACCAUCCCAGUGUGGCUGUUGGUUUUUUUUUUUUUAAAUUUUAGGUGGGGUUUCUUUGUAUAUCCCUGACUGUCCUGGAAGUCACUCUGUAGACCAGGCUGGCCUUGAACUCACAGAAAUUCACCUGCUUCUGCCUCCAAGUGCUGGGAUAAAAGGCAUAGCUGCUGUUUUAAUGAGAUCAUGGAAUCCAAGAAAGGUGGUUGCUAGCAGGAUGGAAGUCAGCUAGCAAGACUGAAGUUAUAAUCUGUGUAACCUAGUCAUAACCUAGUCAUAAACAUCCCACCAUUUUACCACCUUCUGCUGGUUAAAAAUAAGUUCUCACACUCAAGAUUGCAUGAAGCUGAAGAUUACAAGAUAGGGACCAGUGAUGGAAGUUUAGAGCCGUACUGCAUAGAAGAAUUGAUAAGAAUGAAGUAGCUAAGCCGGGCGUUGGUGGCGCACGCCUUUAAUCCCAGCACUCGGGAGGCAGAGGCAGGCGGAUCUCUGUGAGUUCGAGACCAGCCUGGUCUACAGAGCUAGUUC